GAAAAGUCGCCAGGACGUGAGCAGCGUCGAGCUUCAUCUCUUCUGGUCAAGUACACACCACACCACAACCAGCAGACUAGCGCUUAAAAAUCCCGGGUUGUCAAUUCGAACACACGAGGGGCCUAGUCAUCUACGAACAGCCAAAAUGGUCGCCAAAGCUACUAAGGCAGCUUACUUCGAUAAGCUCAAGAACCUUCUUGAGACGUACAAGUCCAUCUUCGUUGUCACCGUCGACAAUGUCUCUUCCCAGCAGAUGCACGAGAUCCGCAUGUCUCUGCGUGGCAAGGGUGUCGUUCUCAUGGGAAAGAACACCAUGGUUCGCCGCGCGAUCAAGACAUUCAUCAACGACGGCUCCCUUCCCGAGCUUGAGCGUCUUCUCCCCUUCGUCAAGGGCAACGUCGGCUUCGUCUUCACGAAUGACGAUCUGAAGGACAUUCGUGAGAAGAUCUUGUCCAACCGUGUCGCCGCUCCUGCUCGUGCCGGUGCCAUCGCUCCUGCCGAUGUGUACGUUCCAGCUGGUAACACUGGUAUGGAACCUGGUAAGACAUCCUUCUUCCAGGCUCUUGGUGUCCCCACCAAGAUUGCCCGUGGUACUAUUGAAAUUACCACGGACCUGAAGCUUGUCGAAGCCGGCAACAAGGUCGGUGCUUCUGAGGCGACCCUGCUGAACAUGUUGAACAUCUCCCCCUUCACUUACGGUAUGGGUGUCGCCCAGAUCUAUGACAACGGACAGACAUUUGAUGCUUCCGUUCUCGACAUUGAGGAGUCACAGCUCCUUAAGGCAUUUUCCACCGCCAUCAACACUAUCGCCACCAUCUCGCUUGCCGUUGGCUACCCAACCCUGCCAUCCGUCAUGCACUCCAUUGUCAACUCGUACAAGAACGUGCUUGCAGUUGCCGUCGAGACAGACUACUCCUGGGAGGGCAUCGAGGAGCUCAAGGACCGAAUCGCCAACCCAGAGGCCUAUGCGGCCGCCGCUCCAGUGGCUGCUGCAAGCGGUGAUGCUCCUGCUGCGGCUGCCGAACCAGAGAAGGAGGAGGAGAAGGAGGAGUCUGAGGACGAAGAUAUGGGCUUCGGUCUGUUCGACUAAGUGCAUACCUAUUUGCGGAUGUGAUUGGCUACGGCGAGACGAGCUUAUGUGCGUGAAGGCCUACCUUGCAGGCUUAGCACGCGUAUAGAGAUGCCUUUUCACGUAGAACUGCUCAGAAAUGACACAAAAAGAACAUUACAACGCGUACGAUAACAGCCAUUGACAGCCCUUUUCAUACAAGGUCAGACCAUCAAGCUGGUAAAACUACUUGCAAAUAGUGGAUAACAGUGGGCAGUGGUUGCUACUAUUGAUGUUAAGCAUGAGGAACGAGAUCCUUGACACUCAAUUAUCCGUCUGGACGAUCGUUAACAUCGAGCUCUACGUUGCACGUGAGCUGCGAUUCUAUCUAUGCUAUGUUAUGAGUUGCGCUGCUUCGCUCGGCCGUGAAAUUUACCAUAUCCCGUAACAAACAAACUCCUACACUGUCCGUGACUCAAUUCCCAGACUUGUCAAACCAUGAUUACCAGAAAGACGCCGUGCUAAGUAUAAAGACGAAAACACUACCAAAGCCUUGCACAUUGCCCACACCGUAGAAGAAAACCUGCGUUACAGUAUGUCAUAUAGUCGGCG